AUGGAGCAAUUUCUUACACAUUGUGUUCUGUUGUUUUAUCCUUUCAAAGACCAGUUGCAACAACAUGUCCGUGUUCAUGCAAUGGAAGCAGUAAUGGCUUGUUGGGAGCUUGAGCAACCUUUGCAAAGCUUAACAGGUGUAUCCCGUAGUGAAGGCACAAGUGCAACCAUGUCAGAUGAUGAUGAAGACCAGGCAGAGAGUGACUUAAACUUGUAUGAUGGAAGUUUGGAUGGGACUGAUAGUCUGGGAUUUGGUCCUCUUGUCCCAACUGAAACUGAGAGAUCAUUAAUGGAGCGUGUUUGGCUAGAACUGAAGCAUGAGUUGAAACGGGGUUAUAAGGAGAAGAUUGUAGACAUUAGAGAAGAAAUUCUGCGGAAGAGAAGAGCUGGGAAAUUGCCAGGUGACACAACCUCAUUGAAAGCUUGGUGACAGUCACAUGCUAAGUGGCCAUACCCAACUGAGGAAGAUAAGGCGAAAUUGGUGCAAGAAACAGGAUUACAAUUAAAGCAGAUAAAUAACUGGUUUAUAAACCAAAGAAAAAUGAAUUGGCAUAGUAAUCCUUCAUCUUCUACUUGUUCCAAGAGCAAACGCAAGAGCUAG